AGAAUAUGAAUGAGGAAAUCUAUACUCAUUUGCUCUCACGUAAUAAACCCUCGCCUCCCUUCUCCUACUUCACCGGUGGCGGCUAGGGUUUGCAGCCUCCGCACUCUCUCGUCUUCUUCGAUCGCCAGAGCGGCAACCAUGCCAGGAGUUGAUCCACAGGAAACGGAGUGGCCGGCAAAGAUAGUCAGGGAUACUUUCAUCAAGUUCUUUGAGGAAAAGGAUCAUGUCAAUUGGAAGUCCAGUCCGGUUGUUCCUCUCAAUGACCCUACUCUUUUGUUCGCUAAUGCCGGUAUGAACCAGUUUAAGCCAAUAUUCUUGGGUACGGCUGAUCCGAAUACUUCCCUGAGCAAACUUACUCGGGCGUGCAACACCCAGAAGUGCAUUCGAGCUGGUGGUAAGCAUAAUGAUCUAGAUGACGUAGGAAAGGAUACCUACCAUCAUACCUUCUUUGAAAUGCUCGGUAAUUGGUCUUUUGGAGAUUACUUUAAGAAGGAAGCUAUUGAGUGGGCAUGGGAGCUUCUCACCAAGGUUUAUAGGCUGCCUGCAGACCGGAUUUAUGCCACAUACUUUGGUGGUGAUGAGAGAGCUGGUCUUGCUCCUGAUAGUGAAGCUCGAGAUAUAUGGCUCAAGUUUCUACCACCUGGACGUGUGCUGCCAUUUGGUUGUAAGGACAAUUUCUGGGAGAUGGGUGAUACUGGUCCUUGUGGGCCUUGCACUGAAAUACAUUAUGAUCGAAUUGGCAAUCGUGAUGCUGCAUCAUUGGUUAAUAAUGAUGACCCUACUUGCAUUGAAAUAUGGAACCUUGUUUUCAUUCAGUUUAACAGAGAAAAUGAUGGUUCCCUUAAACCUUUGCCAGCUAAGCAUGUUGACACUGGCUUGGGUUUUGAACGAUUGACUUCUGUACUUCAGAACAAGAUGAGCAAUUAUGAUACUGAUGUUUUCCUGCCCAUCUUUGGUGCUAUCCAAGAGGUGACAGGAGCUCGACCAUAUUCUGGAAUGGUUGGGCCAGAUGAUAUUGACAAAGUUGACAUGGCAUAUAGGGUUGUUGCUGACCACAUUAGAACUUUGUCAAUUGCAAUUGCUGAUGGGGCCUGUCCAGGCAAUGAUGGUCGUGAAUAUGUUCUAAGGCGUAUUCUUCGGCGAGCUGUUCGUUAUGGAAGUGAAGUCCUAAAAGCUCAGGAGGGAUUUUUUAGCAGGCUUGUGAGUGUUGUUGUGCAAGUGAUGGGCGAUGUUUUUCCAGAGUUGAAGCAGCAUGAAGCACACAUUACAUCUACAAUAGCUGCAGAAGAAGCAAGUUUUGGAAAGACUUUGCAGAAGGGAAUUGAGAAAUUCAAGAAGGCAGCUCAGGAUGUUCAGGGAAAGUCAUUAAGUGGGCUGGAUGCAUUUAUCUUGUGGGACACAUAUGGGUUUCCCCUAGAUUUAACUCAGUUGAUGGCAGAAGAAAGAGGUUUGGUUGUUGAUGUUGAGGGUUUCAAUAAUGCCAUGGAUGAGGCAAGGGAAAAAUCAAGGAGCGCACAGAAUAAGCAAGCAAGUGGUACUAUUGUCAUGGAUGCAGACGCUACCUCUGCAUUGCACAAGAAUGGUGUUUCUUCAACUGAUGAUUCCCUUAAAUUUAUUUGGUUCCAGGACCAUCAAAGCACAAUUAAGGCUAUUUAUACUGGUUCAGAGUUCCUGGAAAGUGCUAGUGCUGACAAUGAGGUUGGCGUGGUUUUAGAAUCUACAAAUUUCUAUGCUGAGCAAGGUGGUCAGAUUUUUGAUACAGGACUUCUUGAGGGGUCCUUUGGCUCAUUCCAAGUUAGUGAUGUUCAAAUUUAUGGAGGCUUUGUACUUCAUAUUGGUUCCCUUUCUGGGGUCUCAAGCAGAUUCUCAGUCGGUGAUAAAGUUAUUUGCAAGGUUGACUACGCUAGGCGUAAACUCAUUGCUCCUAACCAUACCUGCACGCAUAUGUUGAACUUUGCUCUCAGGGAAGUUCUAGGUGAUCAUGUUGACCAAAAGGGUUCCAUUGUUCUUCCUGAGAAAUUAAGAUUUGAUUUUUCCCACAGUGGGUCUGUCAAGCCUGAAGAUUUGAGAAAAAUUGAGUCAAUAGUGAACAACCAAAUAAAAGAAGAGUUGGAUGUGUUUACCAAGGAGGCAACUCUUUCUGAAGCAUUGCGUAUCAAUGGCUUGCGAGCAGUGUUCGGAGAAGUCUAUCCAGAUCCAGUUAGGGUAGUGGCAAUCGGUCAAAAAGUGGAGGAACUUCUGGCUGAUCCAGAAAAUAAAGAAUGGAAAUCCAUUUCAGCAGAACUAUGUGGAGGUACACAUCUAUCAAAUACACGAGAAGCUAAAGCCUUUGCUCUCUUAUCUGAGGAGGGAAUUGCAAAUGGAGUUAGAAGGAUAACGGCUGUGACGACUGAUUGUGCCUUUGAGGCAAUGAAAUUGGCAUCAUUGCUUGAGCAGGAAGUAACUGAGGCAUCCAUGAUGGAAGGAAGCUCACUGGAGAAGAAAGUGGCUUCUCUGAAAAGUCGUGUGGAUUCAGCAGCUAUACCUGCUGCUAAGAAAACUGAUAUCAGGGCCAAGAUUGCCAUACUUCAGAAACGAUUAAUAAUGGAACAAAAGAAGAUUGCUCAAGAGAAUAAGCUGAAGGCUAUCAAAAUUGCAACUGAGGCAGCUGAAGCUGCUGUUUCAGAUGGAAAGGCCUUCUCCAUCUGCAAAGUUGAUGUUGGGUCAGACGAUCGCGCUGUUCGUGAAGCAGUAGUGAAAGUUACUGAGCAGAAGGGAAUUCCAGUUAUGGUUUUCAGUAUAGAUGAAAUUACAAACAAGGCAAUCGUCUGUGCGUGCGUGCCAGAAAAAUCAGAGAUGAGCAAGCAGUUGGAGGUGUCAGAAUGGUUAACAACUGCUUUAGGCCCUCUGAAAGGAAAGGGUGGUAAAGGAAAGGGUGGUCUGGCUUCAGGACAGGGAACGGAUGCAUUGCAUGUCAAUGAGGCUUUUGAUUUGGCGACUUCAUUUGCGUCAAUGAAACUGGGAUGAACUUGAUGUUUGUGCUUUGUAGUUUUUUACUUCAUGAAAACCUUUUUCCUGUUAUACAAAAGAAAAAAAAAAUACAACAGAUUUGCGGUUAAUUUCUUCUAUUUUCUCAUCUUUUGAUUAUAUAUUCAUUGUCAUACACAAUGGAAUGUUACAAUGGACAGAUGUAUAAGGAUCAUCAUAGAGUCUACUGUGAACCUUGUGUUUCUGUACUAAUAUUUGGGAACCCCAUUCUGUAUUUAAAUAUGCAAAUGGCAGUUAUUCUCCGGUGGAGUAAAGCGAGAAUGAAGGAGAUGAUGGAAAAGAGGCGGGAAGUGGUGACAGCCCCAAUCUGGUGACAGGAGAAGAUGAGGGAGGAGAAUCAUUACCAAUCUGAUCUCUGUCUCUAGAUCUGGAGAUAGAAUUUAAGGGUUCAACUGAAACGGAAGAUGGAAAGGGCCGAAGGGGAGAGAAGAUUGAGGUCGAAAUGAGAGGGAAAGAAUCAAAUAAUCUAAAUUUAGAUUCAGUGGUAGACUAUAAUCUAACGGUUCAAAUACAAUUAGUAAGAGUUAAAGAUAAUUACUAUAAAAGUUCAGAGAAAUCGGGACCUUUAUUAUUAUUAUUAUUAUUAUUAUUUUGGGGAACUGUUAAGUACAUU